UUUAUCUGUGAGUUUUGUUUGGCGUUCAGAAAGAGGCGCAGUGUGGAGUAUGAGCGGGUAAAGUGAAGAAGUAGCCUUUAGAAGUUCACCUCUCUGAACCGAAAAGUCCUGUCGAGUGAUUACUUUCCACUUUAGGUCGGCUGUUAUUUGAAAAGCAGGUUUCUGUAUGAAAAUGAAAAUACACUAAAGAAUCAUUUCAUUUCACAGAUAUUGUACGUGGGUUCCAGGAAAAGACUGCCAACAUGUCAGGCAACAAUGAGGAAAUGGAAUGGGCUGAUAGCUCAACGUCUGGUGACACAUAUUAUGCCGAGGGACCAAGAAGACUGUGGAAACAACGGGAUUCUUCAUCUGGGUCAAAGUCCCAAGAUGUGCAGCAUGGAGCUGUCAAAAAAAGUAGUAGCAGCGGUCCAACAGCAGUCUCCACAACAGGUGAAGAGCCAAUCCCUAACCCUGCUAUACUCCCAGUGAGCCAGUUCUUGCACAUAAACCACAUCUACAAGAAGGAGAUCGAGCAAAUACUGACAAAGAAUGGAGUCACAAUGAAAGCAGAAGCACACGUGACAUUUCCAGCAGACAAGGAAAAUGGAAGCCCACAAGAUGCUCUCUCUGACUUCACAACCCUUGUCCAGAAGGUUGAUAGUCAUUGUUCAGUUUUCCCUCUCAAGAACAGAGAUCCAAAAGAGUUGAUGGAUGCAGUGAACAUCGUCCUGACGAAGGAGAGCAAGCUUCUGCUUACUUUGUCUUCUGAAGAAAUGAUCACAUAUGGGCCAAGCCAGAGUCAAGAUGCUAUCAAAAAGUCGUUCAACACAACAACAAAUAUCAACCCCUCUGCUGAAGAGUCCACCGCAGCAACUCAAGACAGCUCUGCCAUCAUUGACAUGAGCAUCGAUGAUCCUUUCCUCACCACUGGGCUCAAGUUUGAGGAAAAUUAUUGGAAAGUGAUUGGUGUGUCCUUCAGUGAGAAAUUAGAAAAGAUAAAAGCUAAAUUUGGAGUGGACAUUAAAGUGUCAGAUAUCAGUCCAGGCAAGGUCAACAUCAAAACUUGCUACAAAGGAUUUGGAAGAAAUGCAUCGAUGGAGAGCCAUGCUCUCAGAGCUCUUCUUCAUCUGUACCAGAAGAUUGCCACAUCUCACUUUAACGUCACCCAGCCUCAUGGUGCCAUGGGGUUCAAUGGCGAUGUAAGUGAGCCAGAGGGGGCCUCUGGUGGACCUGUGGUGAAGGACAAACCAGGUUACAACAUACACUACACGGAAGUACCCACAGGAGGGGGAGCCAGACCAGGAGACAACAAAGAAGAAACCUGUCCUAUAUGCAUGGACAAAUUCACCAAGAAGAAACAGCUCAAGUGCAAACAUAAGUUUUGUGAGGACUGUCUGAAACAGUCAAAGGAAAGUAUGGGACCCAUCUGUCCUGUGUGCAAACGUGUCUUUGGUAAGAUAGAGGGAGACCAGCCUCCUGGAACGAUGACAACGAAGUCAUAUGGCAGGUCUCUCUCAGGAUUUCCAAACUGCGGCAGUAUAAUCAUCACCUAUGAUAUUCCAAGUGGAAAUCAGACGGAAAAGCAUCCAAAUCCUGGAAAGCACUUCCGUGGUAUAACGAGAACGGCAUAUCUGCCAGACAACAAAGAGGGCAAAGAAGUGCUACACCUGUUAAAGAGAGCGUUUGAUCAGAAGCUCAUUUUCACUGUUGGGACAUCAAGAACAACUGGGAUUGAAAACCAGGUGACCUGGAACGGCAUUCACCACAAAACCUUGAUGACAGGAGGAACAACAUGUUUUGGGUUUCCGAAUUACCUGAGCAGAGUCAAGGAGGAGCUAAAGGCUAAAGGCAUCGAGUGAAGGCUGAGAACACCUUAGAAGAAAGAGAACCAAUCAAUUAGUGGAAUCAGCAUACUAUUACUCUUUAAUCUUCUCUUCAGUCUUCUGCAGUUGAGUCAGAAAGCAUUUACUGCAAUGAAAGUUAUGUUUUUUAAUGUAUAUACUGUACUAAUCAAACAUUUCUUUGGGGAAGGAUUCUCUCUUUUUCAUUGAACAUUGAAUUUAUAAAGUAAAAGAAUGGUAUUUGAAUAAUAUGAUUGAACUUUGUGCCACCAGUACUACGAUUGCACGUUUGCCUUUUAAAUGAUUACACAGACUCUUGUAUUAAUCAGGGGGCGGCAGUAGCUCAGUCCACUGGGAACCGAAGACUGACUUGGGAACCGAAGGGUCGCCGGUUCGAGUCCCAGUAUGGAUGAAGUUUGGCAAGUGGA